AUGUCGAAUGAUAAAGGAUCAUUGGAAUGUCUUCCAAUUUAUUCAUUUCUCUUUCUGAACGAAAAAGGCUCUAGCUUAUAUAACGCUUAUGACCGAAGUGAGGUAAAAGAUAAAUUAGUUAUCAAAAUCGACCAAGAUGGUGAUAAUGCUCCCAAAUUUUCUGUUGCAGAUGAUAUUUCAGAAGUAUAUGGCCUACUCAGAAUUCAUGAAUCCUUGUAUCGAAUUCUUGAUUGUAGCUGGAAGGAUAUUCUCAAUGAUUUAGUAAUCGCUACAUCAUCGGACUCUAGCAAGU